AUGCAGUGGGAACUCACGAAGCUCUCGAACGAGCAUGCAAAUGUGAUUCGUGCUACGCUGCCGCUGGUGGGCGAGCACAUUGAGGAGAUUACGAAGCUGUUCUACAAGACAAUGUUUUCGAACCAUCCAGACCUCAUCAAGAACCUGUUCAACCGAGGUAAUCAAAAGCAGGGUGCGCAACAGAAGGCGCUUGCCGCUUCUGUGGCGACGUUUGCGUCCAUGCUGGUGAAUGAUGAUGCACCACUCCCCGAAAGCAUGCUUUCUCGCAUCGGUCACAAGCAUGCGACAGUAGGUGUGACCGAAGACCAGUACCAAAUUGUCCAUGACAACUUGUUCGCGGCGAUUGUGCAAGUGCUCGGCGCAGAUGUAGUGACAAAGGAUGUCGCUGAAGCCUGGGACCGUGUGUUUUGGAUCAUGGGACGACUUCUGAUUAAGUUUGAAAAAGAUUUGUAUGCAGAAGCCGGUGUCGAGCCCGGUAAAGUUUUCCGCCAAGUCAAAGUCGUUGCGUGUGACACCUUGGCUGAAGGAGUCACCCACUUCACAAUCGAGAGCACAGAGGCAUCAAAGCCUCUCCCAGGACACAAGCCGGGUCAAUAUAUUUCGGUGCGUGCCCACUUGCCAGAUGGGGCUGGCCAGCUCCGCCAGUACAGUCUCACAGAUGCUGGCAAGCAAUCGCACGGACGUCUUACUUUUGCCGUCCAGGCUGUCAAAGCACACGACCAGUUACCUGCUGGAGAAGUUUCAAACUGGUUGCUGGAAAAUGUCAAGCAAGGCUCGGAACUGGAAAUCUCCCUGCCAUUUGGUGAUCUAGUCCUAGACGAGCAAAGCAACUCACCUGUUGUUCUCAUCUCUGCUGGCAUUGGCGCUACCCCCAUGAUCAGUAUGCUCUCGCGCUUGGCGCUGGACAAGUCUGAGCGCGAGGUUGUGGUUUUCCAUGCCGAUUCGAGUGCUGCAGCUGAUGCAUUCGCAUCCCAAACGAAACACCUGGCAUCUCAGCUGCCAAACUGUCGCUUCCACACUUGGUACGCACAAGGGGAGUCCAAUGAAACUACGACUGUGGGCGACCGUUUGGAUUUGACAAAGGAGACCCUGCCUUCUAACGCACAAUAUUAUUUGUGUGGCUCAACAGCAUUCCUCCAAGCAUGCUCGAAGGAUCUUGAAUCACUGAGCGUGCCUGCCAGCCAUACGCAUUACGAGCUCUUUACACCAAAUGAAUGGCUUCUUAAGUAG